AAGAAAACGAAAAAGAAAAAGAAAAUAAAAAUUGGAACUGAGCACUCUACACGGCGAAGACCAAUAGAAACCAGUCUCCCUCCCACACUCUCUCUCUCUCUCCCGUCUUCGUCUUCUUCAGUUCAGUCAUCGCUCUCAUCUCUCUCACCCCAAAACCUAAAUAGAUACGCAGGCACCAUGUUGGAUCUCUGAAGGAUCCGAAUCUCAAACUGAAAUGGGGAGCCGUGCGUUUUGUGGUAUUAUCAUCUUGAUUUGUUUGGUUGGCUCGCUUUCGGUCUCGGUUUCAGCUCUGAAUCGGAGGCCCAAGAAUGUGCAGGUCGCCGUUCGGGCCAAGUGGUCCCCCACUCCAUUGCUCCUAGAAGCUGGUGAAUUGCUAUCUAGAGAACAGAAAGAUCAUUUUUGGGAAUUCGUUGACAUCUGGCAUCAUACUGAUAAGGAUGAUCUUGAUUCUUAUAAUGCUAAGGGUUGCCUAAAAAAAAUUUUGAAACAUGGGCUCUCUAUUUUGAGUGAACCAUUGGCUUCUUUAUUUGAAUUCUCUCUUACAUUGAGAUCUGCAUCCCCAAGAUUGGUGCUUUACCGGCAAUUAGCUGAAGAGUCUCUUUCAUCUUUCCCACCAGUUGAUGAAACUAAUUCAAGAAAUACCAGCGGAAAUUCAGAAACAAAUGACCACUUGGAAAGUCAAAAGUCAGAUCCUUUGAAUGUUGGUCUAAACCCAAGAAGUCCUAAUGGAAAAUGUUGUUGGGUGGAUACUGGAGACGCUCUGUUCUUUGAUGCUGUAGACUUAAAAAGUUGGCUUAACAGUCCUAGAGAUUCUUCUAGGGAUUCAUUUCAGCAGCCUGAACUCUUCGAAUUUGACCACAUCCACUUUGAUUCAAUUGUUGGAAGUCCAGUUGCUGUUCUUUAUGGAGCUCUUGGAACUGAGUGCUUUAGGGAGUUUCAUGUCACCCUAGUUGAAGCUGCAAAAGAGGGUAAUGUUAAGUAUGUGGUUAGGCAAGUAUUACCUUCUGGCUGCGAAGCAGAGAUUGACCGUUGUGGUGCUGUUGGUACAAAAGAUUCGUUAAACUUGGGUGGUUAUGGAGUUGAACUUGCUUUGAAGAACAUGGAAUAUAAGGCCAUGGAUGAUAGUGCAAUAAAGAAAGGUGUCACGUUAGAAGAUCCUCGGACUGAAGAUCUUAGCCAAGAAGUCAGAGGGUUUAUAUUCUCUAAAAUUCUGGAGCGUAAACCUGAACUCACAUCAGAGAUAAUGGCUUUUAGGGAUUAUCUUUUGUCAUCAACAGUAUCUGAUACACUUGAUGUUUGGGAACUAAAAGAUUUAGGACAUCAAACUGCACAGAGGAUAGUGCAUGCCACUGAUCCUCUGCAGUCAAUGCAAGAAAUUAAUCAAAACUUUCCCAGUGUUGUCUCUUCCUUAUCUCGCAUGAAGCUCAAUGAUUCAGUUAAAGAUGAAAUUACUGCAAACCAGAGAAUGAUUCCACCUGGAAAGUCCUUGAUGGCUCUGAAUGGUGCUUUAGUCAAUAUUGAAGAUAUUGACCUUUAUCUGUUGGUUGACUUGGUCCAUCAGGAUUUAUUAUUGGCUGAUCACUUUUCAAAGUUGAAGAUACCUCAUAGCACUGUACGGAAACUCCUGUCAACUCUGCCUCCUCCAGAAUCUAAUAUGUUGCGUGUAGAUUUUCGCUCAAAUCAUGUUCAUUAUUUAAAUAACUUGGAAGAAGAUGCUAUGUAUAAGCGUUGGAGGAGCAAUCUUAAUGAGAUUUUGAUGCCAGUGUUCCCUGGACAGCUACGUUAUAUACGCAAAAACCUUUUCCAUGCUGUUUCUGUUAUUGAUCCAUCAACUGUUUGUGGUCUUGAGUCUAUUGAUAUGCUUAUUUCUUUGUAUGAGAAUAACUUUCCCAUGAGAUUUGGGGUUGUACUGUACUCUUCGAAGUUGAUCAAGCAAAUUGAAACUAGCAGUGAUGAUAGUAAAAUUGAGGAGGAUAUAUCCAACCUGAUAAUACGCCUCUUUAUUUAUAUCAAGGAAAAUCAUGGAAUUCAAACAGCUUUCCAAUUUUUGAGCAAUAUAAAUAAAUUGCGGGUUGAGUCUGAUGGUUCGGCUGAUGAUCUUGAAAUGCACUAUGUAGAAGGAGCAUUUGUAGAAACAGUAUUACCAAAGGUAAAAUCUCCGCCUCAAGGCAUACUGCUGAAGCUGCAGAAGGAGCAAACUUACAAGGAACUUGCACAUGAAAGCACCAUGUUUGUCUUUAAGCUGGGCUUGGCUAAGCUGCAGUGCAGUUUGCUGAUGAAUGGACUCGUGUUGGAUUCUAGUGAGGAGGCUCUUAUAAAUUCCAUGAACGAUGAGAUGCCCAGAAUACAGGAGCAAGUAUACUAUGGCCAUAUAAAUUCUCAAACAAAUGUUCUUGACAAGUUUUUGUCAGAAAGUGGUACCACUCGCUAUAAUCCACAGAUUAUUGCCGGUGGAAAACCAAGGUUCACAUCUCUGUGCACAUCUGUUCUUGGAGGGGAAGGUGUCUUCAAUGAUAUUGGUUAUUUGCAUUCCCCCGAAACUGUGGAUGAUUUGAAGCCUGUGACUCAUCUUCUAGUGGUUGAUGUUGCAUCAAAGAAAGGGAUGAAGCUGCUUCAUGAAGCCUUACACUAUUUGAUUGAAGGGUCUAAUAGGGCUCGAGUAGGAGUGCUUUUCGGUGUCAAUCAGGGUGCUGAUCUUUCUAGUCUCCUUUUUGUUGAAGUAUUUCAAAUCACUGCAUCAUUGCACAGCCACAAGAAGGAUGUGUUACUUUUCUUGGAUCAGGUGUGCUCCUUGGUUGAACAUAAUCACAUGCUUGCACCGUCUGAAGGUGCGGAGAGCACUCAAGCAUUCAUAGAUAAAGUUUCUGAAUUGGCUGAGACAAAUGGAUUAUCAUCAAAGGCAUAUAAAUCAGCUCUUUCGGACUUUUCUGCUGACAAAUUGAGAAAACAGUUGAAUAAGGUGGCACAGUUUUUAUAUAGGCAACUUGGCCUUGAUUCUGGUGUUAAUGCAGUCAUUACUAACGGACGGGUAACGGUUGUAAAUGAGGAGAGCACACUGUUGAGCCAUGAUUUAAAUCUUCUUGAGUCUCUGGAGUUUACACAGAGAAUAAAGCAUAUUGUUGAAAUAAUAGAAGAAGUGAAGUGGCAGCAUGUGGAUCCAGACACACUGACAAGCAAAUUCAUUAGUGAUACUAUCAUGUUUGUGUCUUCUUCAAUGGCUAUGCGGGAUCGAAGUUCUGAAGGUGCACGCUUUGAGGUUUUGAAUGCAGAAUAUAGUGCCAUCGUUCUGAACAAUGAAAAUUCUAGUAUCCAUAUAGAUGCAGUUAUUGAUCCUUUAAGUCCAUCUGGCCAGAAGCUAUCAUCAAUUCUUCGGGUUCUAUGGAAAUAUGUUCAGCCUAGCAUGAGAAUUGUAUUAAAUCCGUUGAGUUCUCUUGUUGAUCUUCCUCUGAAGAAUUACUACAGAUAUGUAGUACCGACAGUGGAUGACUUCAGCAGCACUGACUACACAGUAAAUGGGCCAAAAGCCUUUUUUGCAAACAUGCCACUGUCCAAAACCCUCACUAUGAAUCUUGAUGUUCCUGAUCCAUGGCUUGUUGAGCCUGUUAUUGCAGUGCAUGACUUGGAUAAUAUUUUGCUUGAGAAUCUUGGUGAGACAAGAACAUUACAAGCUGUUUUUGAACUUGAAGCUCUUGUUUUGACGGGUCAUUGUUCUGAGAAAGAUCAUGAUCCGCCCAGAGGCCUUCAGUUAAUUAUUGGUACCAAGAGUGCACCCCAUUUGGUUGAUACUCUUGUGAUGGCCAAUCUGGGUUAUUGGCAAAUGAAAGUCUCUCCUGGUGUUUGGUACCUACAACUUGCUCCAGGAAGAAGUUCUGAGCUUUAUGUUUUAAAAGAGGAUGGUGAUGGAAGUGAGAGCAAAACAUUAUCAAAACGCAUCACCAUUAAUGAUCUGCGGGGUAGAGUAGUUCACCUGGAAGUAGUAAAGAAAAAGGGAAAGGAGCAUGAAAAAUUGCUGCUUUCUGAUGUUAAUGACAAGACACAGGAUGCUACCGAGGGAAGUAGCUGGAACUCCAACUUUAUAAAAUGGGCUUCUGGUUUAAUUGGUGGCAGUGAGCACUCAAAACAGAGUGAAAGUACUUUAUCGGAGAAAGGAAAAGGUGGGCGCCAUGGAAAAACAAUAAAUAUUUUUUCUAUUGCUUCUGGACACCUAUACGAACGGUUUUUGAAAAUCAUGAUUUUAAGUGUCUUGAAGAACACCCGUCGUCCAGUUAAAUUCUGGUUCAUAAAGAACUAUCUCUCUCCUCAGUUCAAGGAUGUGAUUCCACAUAUGGCUUAUGAAUAUGGCUUUGAGUAUCAGCUGAUCACCUACAAGUGGCCUACAUGGUUGCACAAGCAAAAAGAAAAGCAACGAAUUAUUUGGGCCUAUAAAAUUUUGUUCCUUGAUGUUAUAUUCCCCCUUUCGUUAGAAAAGGUCAUCUUUGUUGAUGCAGAUCAGAUCGUCAGGGCAGACAUGGGAGAACUCUAUGACAUGGAUAUAAAAGGAAGACCUCUGGCAUAUACUCCUUUCUGUGACAACAACAAGGAUAUGGAUGGAUAUCGGUUUUGGAGACAAGGUUUCUGGAAAGAACAUUUACGGGGGAGAUCUUAUCAUAUAAGUGCUUUGUAUGUCGUUGAUUUGAAGAAAUUUCGAGAGACUGCAGCAGGAGAUAAUCUGAGAGUUUUCUAUGAGACUCUUAGCAAGGACCCAAAUAGUCUAUCAAAUUUGGAUCAGGAUCUUCCAAACUAUGCUCAACAUACAGUGCCCAUAUUUUCAUUACCACAAGAAUGGCUGUGGUGUGAGUCAUGGUGUGGUAAUGCCACAAAAGCCAAAGCAAAAACCAUAGAUCUUUGCAACAACCCAAUGACAAAGGAACCCAAGCUCCAGGGUGCCAGAAGAAUAGUUUCUGAGUGGCCAGAUCUUGAUUUGGAGGCUAGGCAGUUCACUGCGAAAAUCUUAGGUGAUGAGGUCGCAAUCCAAGAACCUCCACCAGAUCCUAAUCAAUCAGGAUCAGUGAUGGACAGCCCACCAGACCUGGAAUCUAAGGCAGAGUUGUGAAUAUUUAAUAGCCUACAGUGUGCGUCAAUUAAAAUAGAGCAAUUAUUGAAAAGACCUAGGGUAGCAGGGUACACUUUAACAUGAUUUGACCUCAAGGGCUCAAGGUGACUGCCUUUAUACACUGAUCCUGUAUUCUAAACGAGAUUUUGGCUCAUCUUUGUUGGCAGCAAGAGCAUGAGACUACCGUCCAGGUCGAAAUGUGGUUUUCAAAUUAAGUUAUAUCCUUUCUGGGCACUUCAUUGUAUUGCUCUUUAGCUACUAGACUAGUUCAUGCUUAUUAGGCCGAAGAUGAACCUAGAACAGAACUUUGGAGUAAAUUGAUCUCAUAUGGUCAUUUCUAUCAAGAGUACAGCAAAUUUUGUAAACUUAAAUAUUUUUGAGACUAAAUAAGAGGGUCUCAUUUUUAGAUGGACGUUAUUGCAUCAA